GAAAUAACUAUUUAAAGCAGUCUGUCCUGACUCAGCUCAGCAGUCUCCAGUCUACCAACUGGUCUCUGUAAUAACUAUUUAAAGCAGUCUGUCCUGACUUAGCUCAGCAGUCUCCAGUCUACCAACUGGUCUCUGUAAUAACUAUUUAAAGCAGUCUGUCCUGACUCAGCUCAGCAGUCUCCAGUCUACCAACUGGUCUCUGAAAUAACUAUUUAAAGCAGUCUGUCCUGACUCAGCUCAACAGUCUCCAGUCUACCAACUGGUCUCUGUAACUUCAUCUUUGUCUCUGUGGUGUUCAGUCUUCAGGUGACGAUGGGGGUAUUGAAUAAUCUCUCUACUCUCCUCCUCCUCUCUCUCCUUCCUCCUGCUCUCUCUCAUGUGGUGGACAGGUUCAAUCCAGAGUGCAAUGAGUUCUUCCUGGAGGAGACAACUCCAAACCUCCCAGGUAUUUUGGUUGGUGGGACAGUCCACGACCAGAACCGCUACAAGCCGAUCUGCCAGAAGUUUAAAUACACGAAGAAAAAGGUUGUUUACGAGACCUACAUGUUUGCAACUCUCUACGACACGACCAACAUGAUCCCUGUGUUCUCAGCCUACACCUUCACUGGGUUUGGAUCGAGCGAGAAAAGACCAGAUAAAUGGAUGAUUGAACCUCAGCUGGAUGGAGGAGUAGAACCAGUUAUGAGUCUGGAGGAUCCAGGAGUCAUUUAUACACACCAGGCUGUCAAUCAAGAUUAUGAUAUAGAUGGUAACAACAAGAAGGUGAACAAAGGUCACAUGUUUCCAAAAGUUUUCGCUCACCAACCUGUUAAUCAGGACUCCACCUUUACCCUGACAAACGCUGUUCCUCAAGUAAAGACAUUUAAUGAAGGUAGCUGGAGAACGAUGGAGCUUGAGGUUAAAAAGGAUCUGAAGCAGUGUCUAGAUAAUACUGGUAAACCCAAGGCCUAUUUGGUGACUGGAGCAGUUCCCAGUAAGAGCAACACACUGAACAACAGAGUGAACAUCCCAGAUCUCAUGUGGACAGCCUACUGCUGUUACAACAACAAGAAAAAGUGGAUGGCUAAAGCAUACUGGGGGUGGAACCAAGAGGAACUGAUCAAAAAGUUUUGGAACCCCAUACCUUGGCAGAGCUGUAUAAAAUGUUGAAGGAUCACUACCAAGAUGGUGGUGAUGUCCAGGUGUUCCCAGAGCAUCCAUGUCCAUUGGAGUCAUUCUCAGAAUGAGAGAGAGAAGAGCAGAGAGAGGGAGGUAGGAAGGGGGAUGUUAGCGGGAAAAUGUUAAUGGUAUGUGAUGAGGAUUGUAAAUGUCUCACGUUGUACGUGUUACAGAAGAGUCCCAGAGUUUAGUCCAGUGGAAUCACAGACUACAAUAAAGUACA